AUGAGGACCAACCCCCCUCCAUUUGCUCCGGUCACCAAGCCACCAAGAGCCAUUGUGGCUCUUGCGCUGGCGAUUGUGAAGAACAAGCCAGCUGGCACCUCGGUCAAGGAUUACAUCCUUGACCUCCGAAAGUCUAUCAGAAAAUCGGAGGCCAGCAAGCCGAUUCUCACCAACCUCUUCUUUGACAGUGUAGAACACUGGCAGAGGGCAUAUAGGAAGGCCGAGGGAGAGCAAAUCAAGCUGCACAACACAAUCUUCGAGUUGAAGCAGCAGAAUGAGGCUCUCGUUUCCAAAAUCAACGCGGCAACUCCACCUGCAAAGCGUAAAGCUUUCAGUGAUGCUGAGAAUGAGCCUGAAAUUGGCAGGAAGCGACAGAAGACUCGCAAUCUUCGGACCCAGUCGCAGCUAGACAUCGCGAGUCAAGAUCAAGAUGCCAACCAUGAGCAGGAAACCCAGCAAGGCAUCUCCUUCUUGAGACGUAUCUUUACCCUCCAAAGGACACUGCAGGCAAAGCGUCGUAAGACCAAGACUCUUGCUGUCGACGCGGUCAUUGCGUGCAAAGAGGCAGAGCAGGGUCUUUUGACCGCGAUCCAUGCGGAGGUCACUCCGCCAGCUCCACCGAAGCCUUUCCGGAGCUUGAAGGACAAGAACAAGGGGCCCAAUUUUGUAGCCGUCGUGAACGCCGUUGAAUUGACUUUCAAACUUGUCCACCAGGCCCUUCACAAGAUUCCCGAAGCAGCAGACGAUGGCCAGUCUCAACCCAAGGUUGUCUACUACUUGGUGUGUAUCUUCGAGUCUACCAUGACUGGACUUGCCCAAUAUUGCACUGCGGCAUCCAAAGAGAGUACCGCAGGCAACGGGCCCACGGGCACCACCAGGGCCAAGCCGCAACUGAAGAAGAAAGCAGGGCUCUGGGCUAGAGGCAAGACCAGCGCCAAGCAGGACACAGCUCAGGUGCUUGUUGACUUACUCUGCAAGAUGGCUCUUUCAUUAGACUUGGGUCAAUCUUGCGACCAGCAGGUUAUGGAAGGUUUCCUCCACACCGUACUCGACCGGCUGGGAAAGAUGCUCGCCCUCUUCACCUUCAACGACAUACAGCUACCAACAAAUCUAAACGCAGGUCUGCGACCCCCAGAAGGCCUUACAGCGAUGAGGGAGGCAGAUAUGUCACGAGAGACCGCUCAGUUGGAGGCAGAAAAGCUCAUUUCCUUCCUCGACAGAGUUUUGAAAGAUGAAACUUUGUUCCCUUUAGCCGGUCCUGCUUCCAGCGGCCAACCUCAUUUCAAUCUCAAGGUCCAGGUGGCAAUGAAGAAGACUUUACUUCAGGCAGUUUUCGGAAAAGAGGAUCCUCUCUUCCAAGGGGGCUUGGAGCGACCUGAAACUCCGCCUCCAGCUGAUUGUUGGGCACCUCCAAACCUACGACUGGAUUUUACUGAAUGGUUUGCAGGAGAGCUAUGGCGCCUGAUUGGCUGGGAGAUACUAGAUCCCACCAGAGUCUCUCACCCGUGA